CGCGGUUCCUUGCCCGCACGACUGUUUCGGCCAACUCGUUUCCGCUUUCUUAGUGGUUUACUGAUUAUGGCCUGCAUUUGCGGGUGUUUUGCAGUGCUCGUCGUGAAGAAAUCAGAAACGACAAGAAUACGGCUGCAAGCACCAGGCAUCAGCAGUCAACGCGAGCUAGCCGACGGACCCAUCAAUCGUAACAUGGCCAGAGUACGGUUAGAAGAAGGAUCGCAGCAGCCACCACAGCAGAACGAGGGGCUCGAGGGAUGUCAACAAGGCGUGUGUGGAGAAAACCACCACGAUGGUAAACACCUCGACGACAACACCCGGAAUGCUAAUCACUUUCUCACAGUCAAAGAGUCCGUCGAACGCAAGGUUAUAGAGCCAAAGGGAAGGUGGUUGGAUGAAGGGAGCAGGGUGGAAAACGCACGGAACGAAGAGACAUGGAAGCAACAUGGAAGGAGGGUUGGAUGGACGGCGGACGGAAGUGAAGACGAGGGAGGGAAAGAGGAGGGAGGGAAGGAGGAAGGGAGGAAAGGGGAGAGAGGGAAGGGGGAGGAAGAAGGGACGAGGGAGAAGGGAGCAGAGGAUAGAGGCACAGUGAAAGAUGGAGGGAAGGAGGGAACCGAGGAGGAAUGGAAAGAGGACGGACGAAAGGGUGAGAAAGGAAAGAAUGAGGAAGCGAAGGAAUUGGGCGCAAAUGUUAAAAUGGACAAAAGCAUGCAGAAGGUCAGAGAGGCUGGUAAACAAUACACUAUAGAUUCUAAUCGAGGGCCAGAUCCUCCUGUUAUGGGAAGGGGAGCAGACAGGGUAGUCCCAGUGUCAAGCGGGGAAUCCAAUUCAGAUGUCCGGGAUUCCCGGCUUCCCACGGAUGGCAGCGAGGCUGAGAAUAGUACUGCGCCUACACGGCCUGGGGUGGCGGAUCAUAUCUACGAGAAUGAGUCAUAUGAUUUCGGAGUCAAAAGAGUAAUUGCCGGCAAUCACACUGGUAUGGUGCCCCACUUCAGUUGGCGCAUGAGAUGCACAACCUGGCUGCAGUACAUGGACCGAAUCCACUACAAACGGAACUUCUCAAGGGAUCCCGUCACUAUCAACAACGCGGACGAAGACCCCGAAGACCAUUGCCCUGUCGGCUGCCGGAGGGUGGGUAAGGAGAGACAAGGAGGGCCUACGGAAAGUAAUCAGAUGGCAGAGGUGACCAUUGUGUCUGAACUGAAACUGCCAGAGGAUGAGAACUAUGGUUUUGCAGUGUACAAAGCGCCAAGGCCCCCGAAAGUCGAGCCCAUUGAUCUGGAUCAAGCUCGAGCAAUGGGUUUUGCUGCUGUCAUGAACACAAGACUUGACUCGGAAGUCCCGAGCAGCAUCUUCUCGUGGAGCCGUUACGGCUUCUUGAACCCGCCUGAAGCGAAGAAUGCCAGAGCAGAUGUCGCCGCCUUCCUCGAUGACUGCAACACUGAGAGUUUCAAUUUUGCCGCAAUCAAGGCCCUUACCCUUGCCGGAGUGACCAUUCAUUCCUACGGGAAGUGUAUGAACAACAUGCCUGCUCCGGGAGGGCGAAACGACACAGUUCAAACUUUGAAAAGGUACAAAUUCUGCUUAGCGUUUGAGAACAUGAUCACCGAAGACUACGUAUCCGACAGCUUCUUCGACUGCCUUGCAGCUGGCUCCGUGCCGAUCGUCAUAGGCUACGACACCAUCGCGAGUUACGCCCCAUCGAAGAAAGCUUACCUCCAACUUCGGACACUCGCCGGGGUACCCCGUAUUGUAACCAUAAUGCACACCCUUCAACAAAGCCCUGACAAGUACUUGGCCAUGGUGAGCUGGAAGGGCUAUCGGCCCAAUGAGCCGUUCCUUGCCCUCAUCGACUUGACGGCCUUAACUGCCACCUGUCGCCUAUGCAUCUUCUUGGCAACUAAGAUACGCGAGGAUGAGGAGCUUGACGCGGAGUUCAACCCUCCUUGUAGCUGUAAAGAGAUGGUGCGUACCGGGAACCACAGCAGCGAUGCAAGUGCGAGACCAAGGUCCCAAACCGUCUUCCACCUUUUCGUGAGGGAGCGUGGAGCAUUUGACUUCCUUGACAUAUUCCUACGGGAUGACGAGCUGACAGUUGAGCAACUUCACAAUGCGAUUCAAACUCUGUACUCCUCGUUGAACUACAAGCCGUCAUGGAAGAGCUCCAGACCGCCUGUCAUGAUUCCUAACAGGCCACUAAAAGUGUACACUGUAUACCCCCUCGGAAUGACCCAAAGGGAUGUUCUCUACGGAAACGCUUCCCUGGCAACGGCAGAAAGAGUGAGGCAGUUUGUCUACUCCGUCCCAUGCGGCAAACUAGAAGUUAUCCUUAUGUAGCCAUCUGGACAGUGUGAUCUUUUCCCACCUCCCUUCUGAACUUUGUCAUUACGAA